AUGGGAUUCAACCUUCUCAAUUUCACUCUCAUCUUUCUCUUCUUCUUUUUCCACAUCACUUCAGCCGCCGUAGCCUCCGCCGGAGCUGGUGGAGGAAGAAAGCUUCUUUCUUUCGGGAUGAGUUCUGACGGGGAACCUCCAGAUGCAGGAACUCCUGAAGGAGGUGCUGGGUCGGGUCAUCAUCCGUACUGGGAUUACAGCUGGGGUUGGGGCUCCACUCCUGGAAGCGGGUGGGGCUACGGAUCCGGGUCUGGGAGUUCCCCAGAUGGUUCAGGCGGAGGGUAUGGCUAUGGGUUUGGCACGGGCUCUGGGUCUGGGCCUCGAAGCCCGUAUGGUUAUGGGUUUGGCACGGGCUCUGGGUCUGGGUCUGGCGGGUAUGGUUAUGGGUCCGGCACAGGCGGCGGUGCUUUUGGUGGUGGAAGCGGUGGCAACGACUGAUUCAAUGGUCAAAAACAGCCACGGACAAUUAAGGGUGUCCCUCUACAUGAGUGCCCUCAAUGCGUUUGAGGCUACUCUAUAUA